UUCGUUACUGAUGUUCUGUCAAAUAUUUUCAGGACAACAGCUUCUGCUCGGACUAGCAGUUAAUAAAUAACAUGUUUUUAGAAUAAUUUUUACUUUUUUUGCCAACUGGACAGUACAUCUCCCGAGUACAUGAGCCGGCCGGAGACUUAACGAACAGUUAACAACAACAAGACGUCAGCCAGCCGCUAACUUAGCUCACUGGCUAGCCGGCUAGCUUCCGAGUUAGCAGCUUAGCUGGGUCCACCAGCUGACAUUAGGAUGGCGUCGCCGUUCAAAAUCCCCAAGAAGAAACAGCCAGUCGGUUCUGACUCCGCCCACGUGCACAUGCAGUCACCGCUGUCCCGCCUCCAGAGCGCCACACCAGGACUGAAGCAGAGUUACGGGGAUCAGUCCAGCAGAGGGGGAGCUGGCAGGAUGCAUGCUGGGAACUCUCUGGGCUCCUCAACAAACAGACAGAGCACACAGCCUCUCUUCAGGAACGUGGUCAAAAGCCUGCUGGGACUCAACAGCCCAGACAGACGAGCAUCAACAGCCAAUCACAGAGCAACAGGAAGCUGGCGCCACCAAUCACAGCCUGGCCAGAGAGCUGAGUCAUCCUCGGCCUGUGUCUCAAACGGAUGGCGUCCUAAGAGAGCGUCAGACCGGCUGCUGCAGCCUGAUGUGUCCUCAGAGCCUCUGUCUCCACCACCACAGAAGAAGAAAAGUGAGCUUUGUGCCUCGUCCCUGUCGACCAGAAGCAUCUCUGUGGAGUCUCCGGACUCGCUGGCGGAGCUGCGAGGCGAAGGGCAUGCUGGGAGUUUGGGUUCACUGACGCCGGCAGAGAGAACGUGGAGACGAGUGAAGUUCGGCGGAGGCGCCGCUGAGGGGAAGAGCGACGGAGGAAACGCCGAAGAAGCUCCAAAGCCGCAGAAGAAGAACUCGUCGGGGACGUCAGAAUACGACUUUGCGUCUCCGCCCAGAACCAGAAACAUCCGCGGGCCGUCUCCGGGGACCCCUUCGCCGAGGACGACGGCCGACAGGAGGCGGAGUCUGGACAGGACGGCGUGGCUCGCCGCCGGCGGCGACCUGAAGGAGGAUCCGAGGGAGAAGGAGAGACAGAGGUGGAGGCAGUUCAGAGAGCAGAAGACGUCCAACAGGUCGGCCGUCCUGCAGCUCCGACAGAAGAAACCCAAACACGCCCCGACAGAACCCAUCGUGCUGUCGAGCGAGGAGGAAGAGGAGGGUGAGGACGGUGGAGAUGGAGGGAACAGGACGUCCCAUCACAGCGGCCGGGUGGAGAAAUCUCCUCUGGGAAACUCGGACCAGAUACAGGCUCGGCAGGCCGGCCCUUCCAAAGGUGAAGUGGACGAAUGUAAGCCGUCGACACCUUUGUUCCUGCAGCUGGAGUUCAGCUCGCUUCAUGCCGGCCUGACGCACGCCGACGCCAAUGGCGAGAUGUUGGUCACUGAAAACGGCAUCACUAUUCCCGUGAAAGGAGCUGAGGAGACGGAGGUCGUCGUGGUGGCGUCUCAAGUUCGGGGUUAUGGUGUUUGGGACGGCGGCGUGGCUCAGGGCGGGGCUCUAUUGGCCGGGUGGAAAGGUCCCGCCCCCUCACUGCUCUUCCUGUGGGUGACUGACGCUCAGGCCGGCCUCCUGCAGACGGAGCUGUCCGCCAUCCAGACCUCCACCUCCGCUUCAGGCCCAUCGUGCUCCUUCCUCCUGCUGGUGUUGAAGGAGCAGCUGCAGGAGCUCCAGGCCGCCUUGCUGGCCUCCAUCCUGGACAUGGAGGAGUACAGGAAGGGAUGCUCCUCUUCCUCCGGCGGGCCGACCUCCCCUCUGGAGUGGACCGAUGGGCUGCUGCUCCUACACAGCAGUCCUCCUCCUGUGGACCAGCACCUCCUCGGACUGCUUGGACUCUCUGCAGAGAAUUCCAGUCAGGUGAGGAACAACCGAAGAAAGUCCAGUCUGGUUUCCUCUGGUCAGCAGCAGCUUUCCACCAGGCUGAUCCAGUAUCCGGCGGCGCCCUGUAAAGGCCGGAUCACAGUGACAAAGGAGGACCUGGCUUGUCUGGACAGCAGCAAGUUCCUCAACGACGUCAUCAUCGACUUCUACCUCAAGUAUCUCUUCCUGGAGGGAGUCGGAGGCUCGGUGGCCGAACGGAGUCACGUCUUCAGCAGUUUCUUCUACAAACAGCUGAGCAGACGUCGAGCGGCCGGAGAGAACGACGCCCCGUCUGUCCCUGAUCGACACACGAGGCAUCAGAGAGUAAAGACGUGGACCCGCCAUGUCGACAUUUUCACCAAAGACUUCCUGUUUGUGCCUGUUAACCAAGAAGCUCACUGGUACCUGGUGGUGGUCUGUUUCCCGGGUCUGGAGGAGGUUCAGUACGAGGAGUUUCAGGGCGUGACAGGUGGACCACAGCGAGCUGCAGGAAAACCAUCCGUCAGUCUGAGAUCACAGCAGCCGCCGGAGUGCAGUCGGCAGGGCUGGCAGAGGGACGCAGUGUUAAAGAGGCCGUGCAUUCUCGUCAUGGACUCGCUGAAGCUGUCGUACCACGAGAACGUCUGCAGGCUCCUCAGAGACUACCUGCAGGUGGAGUGGGAGGUCCGGAGGGGGACGCCUCGUCUGUUCACGUCCGACAGCGUGAGGAGCUCCAGCUGCCGGGUUCCUCAGCAGGACAACAGCAGCGACUGUGGUCUGUACCUGCUGCAGUACGCCGAGAGCUUCCUGCAGAAUCCCGUGGUGCACUUUGACCUCCCGUUACGUUUGGACCACUGGUUUCCGCGGCAACGAGUCCGACAGAAGCGCGAGGAGAUCCGGAGUCUGAUAAUGAGGAUGCACCAGAGUCAGAAUGAAGAAAACUGAAACCACAAGGACCAAAAAAAAAAACCUCCAAAACACACCGAGCCGUUAAUUCACCUGUGCAAUAAAUAAUUUAUAUUUUUUCUAAGUUGUUAAUAUGUUUUUACUUUGCUGUCAAAGAACUUUAAAUGUAAAUAGAAUAAAACUUCUUACACAAA